AUGGCUGGAGCAUUAAGGAAGUGCAUGAUGCUGUGCUGCACGAGCAAGAUUGUCUCUAAGGAAGAGAUGGCAGGAGAAUCAUACGAGGAAGCCAUUGCAAGUCUGACCAAGCUUCUCAGUGAGAAAGCCGAACUCGGCAACAUCGCCACCGCAAAAAUCAGGGAUCUGACGGCGGAGCUUCAGGCGGCCGGUUCGUUUAACCCGGAGGAGAGGAUCAAAACCGGCUUCAUCAACUUUAAGAAUGAGAAAUUUGUGAAAAAUCCUGAUCUAUAUGGCGAACUUGCCAAAGGUCAGAGUCCAAAGUUUAUGGUAUUUGCAUGCUCGGACUCGAGAGUUUGUCCAUCCCAUAUUCUGGAUUUCCAACCCGGUGAAGCCUUCAUGGUCCGAAACAUUGCCAACAUGGUUCCACCGUAUGACAAGACGAGGUUUUCAGGAGCAGGGGCAGCCAUUGAAUAUGCAGUCUUGCAUUUAAAGGUGGAGAAUAUUGUAGUUAUUGGACACAGUUGCUGUGGAGGUAUAAAGGGGCUCAUGUCUAUCCCAGAUGACGGGACCACUGCAAGGCAAGUUAAAGCAGAAACAAGUGAGUUAAGUUUUGCAGAGCAGUGUACUAACUGUGAGAAAGAAGCUGUGAAUGUAUCACUUGGGAACCUGUUAACUUAUCCAUUUGUUAGAGCUGGGGUUGUAAACAAAACUCUAGCUUUGAAAGGAGCACAUUAUGAUUUCGUUAAUGGCACUUUUGAGCUUUGGGAUUUGAACUUCAAGCUUCUGCCCUCUGUAUCUGUUUAA